UAGAGAAAAAACAAACAAAAACGCAUAAUAUUUUGCACACAAAAUCAAACAAAACAAACAAAAACGCAUAAUAUUUUACAUUAGGCUUAACUUGCGGGGUCCACUGCAUUAUUGACUAAAACAAGAUGAAUUCAAUUCUUUCACACAAAUGAACUUGAGCUUGUAGAUGAUCGUAACAGGCUCUGAAAGUUCCUCACCUGAAUUUCAUCUGAGUUGACUUAUUUACUCACUAGAAUUUCAAAAGAAUUUUCAGUUUUUCAACUUCAAAUAUUUAUUCAAAAUUAGACAUUUCGCCAAGAAGAGAAAAUGGCUUUGGUUGGAGAGGCUUUGCUCUCCGGUUCGAUCAAGCUGCUGUGCGACAAGAUUGCCUCCGGACAGUUCAUGGAUUUCUUCCGGGCAAGAAGGCUCAACCAUUCGCUCAUGGACAAACUGAAGGUGACUUUGAUGACACUUCAUGCAGUACUCGACGACGCAGAGGAGAAGCAGAUUGUCAACGAUGCCGUGGCGAUGUGGCUUGAUGAACUCAAAGAUGCUGUGUUCGAUGCGCAGGACCUGGUGGAUGAGAUGGAUACUGAAGCUUUGCGUCGCAAGGUGAAAGAUCAGACUAAGCAAACCCAGGUGUGCAACUUCCUCUCUACCUCUCUUAGUCCUUUUAAUUAUAAGGGCAUGAAUGGUAGGAUAAAGGAUUUAUUUCAGAGGUUAGAACACCUUGCAGAACAGCGAAAUCGCCUUGGUCUUAGAGAAGGUGUUGGGCGCAAGGUUUCACAAAGAACUCCCACAACUUCUGUAGUUGAGGAAGGAUUCUGUCCCUAUGGUAGGGAUGCGGAUAAAGAAAAGUUAAAAACACUACUGCUGCCAUCUGACAAUGAAAGUAGCAGUAAUUUUUCUGUAGUCCCGAUAGUCGGAAUGGGCGGGGUUGGUAAGACAACCCUUGCUCAACUCCUUUACAAUGAUGAACAGGUUAAAGAGCAUUUUGACAUUCAUGCUUGGGUUUGUGUUUCCGAACAGUAUGAUGCUUUGAGGGUGAUUAAGACCCUUAGUGAGCAAAUCACUGAGAAAUCUUGUGAUAUCUCAGAUAUGAAUUCCCUUGAAAUUCGACUAAGGGAACAAGUAAGGAGGGAACAAGUAAGGGAUAUCUCAGAUAUGAAUUCCCUUGAAAUUCGACUAAGGGAGCAAGUAAGGGGAAAGACAUUUUUAUUUGUCCUGGAUGACCUUUGGAAUGAGAGCUAUGACGAGUGGGAUCGUCUACGAACUCUUUUCACUUAUGGGGCGAAGGGAAGUAAAGUCAUUGUAACAACAAGGAGUAGACAUGUUGCAUCCACCGUGUACAAUACUAUUCCAACUCAUGACUUGGAAAAAUUGUCGGACGAUGAUUGCUGGUUGUUACUGACAAAACAUGCAUUUAGAAAUGAAAAAUCUAGUGCACAUCCAGACUUGGAAGAAGUUGGUAAGAAAAUUGCACGCAAGUGCAACGGUUUGCCUUUAGCUUCAAAAACACUAGGGAGUCUCCUAGGUUGCAACCUAGACUACAAGGAAUGGAAUCACAUAUUGGAUAGCAAUCUUUGGGAUCUACCACACGCUAAUAGUGUUCUUCCUUCUCUAAGAUUGAGUUACCAUUAUCUUCCAAGUUACUUGAAACGAUGCUUUGCUUAUUGCUCAAUUUUUCCAAAGGGGUAUGAAUUGGAAAAGGAAAAUGUUAUUCUAUUAUGGGUGGCAGAAGGUUUAAUUCCACAAUCAGAGAGAGAGAAAGCAAUGGAGGAGGUUGGUGAAAGAUACUUUGAUGAACUGUUAUCACGAUCACUAUUUCAAAAACCAAGAUUGGAUCAACCAAGUUUCACUAUGCAUGAUCUAAUCAAUGACUUGGCUAUGUUUGUGUCUAGAGAGUUUUGUUUUAGAUUGGAUCAGAAGCAUUCGCAUGAAGUUCCUAAAAGAGUUCGCCAUUUCUCGUAUAUGAGAGGAAAUAUUGAUACAUCUUCAAAAUUUCAGCCAUUAGGUGGAGUGAAGUGUUUGCACACGUUCUUUCCAGUGUCUUUAACACCAUAUGAUAACACAAGGGAUGAUGAACUAUAUGUAAGCAAUAAGGUUCUAGAUGAUUUACUCCCAACACAAAAAUGUUUACGGGCAUUUUCAUUGUCAAGAUAUAAAAAUAUCAAUCACUUACCAAAUUCCAUUGGUAACCACAUACACUUGCGCUACAUUGAUCUCUCUUAUACGACAAUUAAAAUGUUACCAGAUACAAUGUGUAGCCUCUACAAUUUACAAACUCUGCUAUUGUUGGGUUGUUCUUCUCUUGUUAAAUUGCCUGCAAACAUGAAGAAAUUGAUUCAUUUGCGUCAUCUUGAUAUUCGUGGAACUGACAUAAACGAGAUGCCUGUGCAUAUGGGUAGAUUAAAAAGUUUGAGAACGCUUACAGCUUUUGUAUUGGGAAAAUCUACUGGGUCAAACAUUGGAGAACUGAGGGAGUUGUCGCACCUACGAGGAAAAAUUUCUAUCUUGAAUCUACAAAAUGUAGUCGGUGCUAUUGAUGCCUUGCUGAAGGAUAAGAAAGAUCUCAAUGAGGUAGAGUUGGCAUGGGGUUAUGAAGUUUCCAAUGAUUUUGUGAAAAAGAAACAUGUACUUGAAAGACUACAACCUCCCGUAAAUUUGGUGAAACUAACCAUCAAGUGGUAUGGUGGAACCAGUUUCCCGAAUUGGGUGGGAGACUCGUCCUUCUCCAACUUACAAGUGAUGCGUCUCAGCGGCUGUAGUGAUUGCAGUUCACUGCCACCAGUUGGUCGGCUACCUGCUCUCAAAGAGCUUUACGUAGGAGGGAUGACGUCAAUUACCAGUGUUGGUGUUGAGUUCUAUGGUGGAAAUCAACCAUUUCAAUCUUUAGAGAAGCUAGAGUUUGUGUAUAUGCCAAAGUGGGAGGAAUGGCUGCCGAGUCCAAGUGGAGGUGAAAGUCCGGACUUUCCUCGUCUUAAGGAGUUGAUUUUAGACCAAUGUCCAAAACUGAGAGGAAACUUGCCCACUCAUCUUCCUUCCUUGGGGAACCUUGGGGUCUAUCGAUCUAAUGUACUGCAUUGGUCGAUGGAGACGCUGCCGUCUCUUCAGAAGCUUGAUAUUGAUAUUGUUGGCGGGAAAGAGUGGCUGCCGCAAAUGGUGCGCAACAGCAAUUGUCUUCAAAGUAUGACUCUUUCUUUCUGUUCCUCACUCUUGUCGCUCCCUACAAAUGGUCUGCCCACCACGCUGACGUCACUCCGUAUAUCAUAUUGCAAGAAGUUAGAAUUCCUAUGCGAGAUGAUGGCCAAAUUGACUUCCCUUCAGUCUUUGCGUCUAUCCAACAGCUGUGAUUCUCUGAGGUCGUUCCCUUUGGGCAUUUUCCCCAAACUUUCAUGUCUUGAAAUAUGCAGUUGCCGGAAUCUGAAAUCCCUUUCUGUUGAAGGAGGAGCAGAUGAAAACCUCAGCCGUCUCAACUCCCUCCGGAUCGAGACAUGUCCAAAUCUUGUCGCUUUUCCCGACGGGGGAUUGCCCACUCCCAACCUCACUUCCUUUUAUGUCUCUGGAUGCAAGAGUUUGAAGUUGUUGCCGGACCACAUGCACACCCUCACCGCCCUUCAAGAAUUGUGGAUAUCCAAUCUUCCAAAUGUGGUGUCAUUUGCACAAGGGGGUUUGCCUCCCAACCUACAAUCAUUAUCUAUCAGUGACUGUAACAGACUGAGGCCUUCAGUGGAAUGGGGAUUGCAAGGGCUUGUCUGUCUUCGGCAAUUUCGGGUCUCCAGAGAAAGCAAGGAUCUGCUGGAGACGUUGCUCAAUGAACAGCUGCUCCCUGCCACUCUCCACACUCUCCAAAUCUCUUCUGUAUGGAACCUGAAAUCUUUGGACGGAAAGGGACUUGAGCACCUCACUUCUCUUCAACAGCUACAAAUUGAAUGGUGCGGGAGUCUCAAAUUCCUGCCAAAAGAGGGUUUUCCGGCAUCUCUUUCUUAUCUGAACAUCAGGAGGUGCCCUUCUUUAAAGAAGAGGUAUCUGAAGAAGAGGUAUGAGAACGUAGCUCGCAUUCCUUGCGUAAAGAUAGAUGGAGAAGUCAACAUCUUGUGAGCUUUCAUGUCACUCUCUCCAACUCUCAACUCUCAAGACGAACCCAGGAGAGUGGCGAGGGGACUGAAUUAUUUCUAGUCUUAUACUGUGGAACUACUUGGGGUCGAUAUAUAUGAUUCUCCUGCAUGACAAGAGGUAAAUCCCUGGAUGAUUUCUCAUACUUGUCCCGUUUGCGCCAUAACUGUAAUCUUCUGGUAGGUGUGAUGGGACUAACAGAUAUAUCGGUUUCACUGAUGCAGCGAGCAAGCAAACCUGUAAAGAUAGGAUUAUCAAAUGAUGCUCUGAUUUUCUGGACUGCUAAGUUUGAAAACUUUUGGACGGAAAUGGACUUACAACACCUCCCACUCUCGCAAUUCCUGCCGGGACAGGGACCUCUAGACCUCAGCUCUUGUCAACAGCUAUAUAAAGAUUGAAUGUGCGUGGGACUUUGUCGGUCCAGAGAGAAAACUAUUGAACUGUAAAGUUAGGAUUACAGAGGGAAAACGAUGUUAGCUUACAUCAACCACUCAGCUGCAUAUACAUAUGUUUCUCUGCAAACACAAUGGUUGGAGAGAGCAUGGCUUAUUGGCACCGCUUGCUAGAAUGCCAGUGUACUAGACUUCGUGGCUGGCUGCUGCGUCUACAAAUUUCAGUAUGGCAACGCUGGGAUUGUAAAGAUAGGAUUAUCUACAGCCAACGAUUUAAACAUGCAUCAAUUAGUUGUCUUUGCAUGGUGCUAGCUCCAGCCCAGCUAUCUGGCAUGAAUAUAAUUCUCCUUUAAUCGGAGAGAUAUGCUUUUGUACAGACAAAGUGGUUGAACAGCUCGCUUGAUCCUUGUAGCACUGUUCUCAUGCUUGAGUUUGUUGGUAUUCCAGUAAAUAAUAUUACUAGAAUAAGUGGGCUGGUGUGCUACUGACUUCACAAGAAUGAUAAUUCUUACAUUGAGCACUGCAGACGAGCUGAGUAUCUUGUUAAGCUGAGGUAUGAAAAAGGGAAGUAGUUGAGUUGGCAUCCUAUUGUAUUGAAAUGGAUUUGAGAGAAAACAUGCUUUUCACAGUUUGAUUCAGAAUAAACUGUAGAAAGCGUGUGAAGGUAAAGCUCUGCGUUCUUUUCCUACAUUUUCAUCAAAACUCUGCAUCCACAUACUCUCCCUAUAGAAAAAUAUACUCCACAGAAGUUAAAGAAAAAUAUAUACCACAUACUUCAAAUGAAAUUGUGCCUAUUGUUGCCGCUUAUGAACAUCUUAUCUCCUGGAAGUGAUCCAAAGGAACUGAGAGGUUAUAGCAUUCUUCUCACCAUUGUGGAUUUCAUGAGCAAUCAAGAGUAUUCAAAGUUGCAUCUGGACUCAGAGGUUUGUUUUCUAUAUAUUAGCGUGUGUGAUGUUGUGUGACUUGCAUAGCAAGUUGAUAAACAAAGAAAAAAAAAUUAUUUGAACAUUGCAGGUUCACUCACUAUAUAUGUCGGCCAUCAUUUGAUUCGUUAACCACUCUUGAGGAAGAUGCAGUGGAGUAAUAGACGAUGCUUCGUCUUAACCCAAGUUUGAUGGGUAAAGUUGGAGCAGCGGGCUCUCAAAUUUAGAAACCUACUUGGCAGGGCCGGUCCUGAGUUUUUUGGUGCCCACUGCGAAAGUUCAAAAUGUGCCCUUUUUAGUACAGAAACAUAUGUUUAAAAUAAAUAUUUUGCGAGGUUAAUCACAUGUAUGUGUAAAAAAAUCAUCACUAGUAGCAUGCAAAAUGCCUUCCAAUUUCUA